CGAUAUUAAACGUAAAAUUAAACCAAGAAAUAGGUCUAGAACAUGGGGGAAAAAUAGAACCGAUAAUAAACGAAAAAAUAAACCAUGAAAUAGGAUUGGAACAUGUCGAAAAAAAGGAACCGAUAUUAAACGUGAAAAUAAACUAUGAAAUAGGAUUUGAACAUGUUGAAAAAAUGGAACCGAUAAUAUAUAUUUUGUCACAGAGAAAAAUUGAAGAGAAUGAAAGUUUUAUUAAAAAUAACAAAAUUUUGACUGAAGAUUUUGUGAACAUAAUAGAGAAAAAGUUUCCGGUGAUGUGGAACAAGAAUGAAGUUUUAGAAGUACUCAAAGUGGUCGGCCAUGACGAAAAAUUGCCAAUUGAAUUGACGGUGUACCACGAACUACUAAGAAUGUUGCCGGCUUCGGAACGGAUGGCGCUUAUAUACCAUGAUUAUAACUCUCAUAGCGGUAUAAAUAAAUACAAAGCUUUGGUUAGUUUUCCCACAUGGAUAUAUCGCAGUGAGCUGUACAGAGAGAUACCUGGUUCUUACGCAUUUAAACUCCACAAUCGACUUAAGAGUGUAAUUUGCCUUUGAAAAAUAUAACAUUUUGUAAUAGAUACUGAUGUUAUGUUAAGUUUUUCGUAUAUUAUUAUUUUGU